AUGAUCAGAAAGUACUUGGAUCAAAAUGCACCAUCCACUCAACAGUUUCAUGAGCUCUUACAAUCUUAUCAAUCAGAUUUUGGUGCUAUUUUGCUCAGAGACUGCAAAAAGAUACUACAGAAAUAUGAAAUGGCUAAAAUUUCCACCGGAGAGCUCAAAGUCGACACAAGUUAUUUGUUACAAUAUGCAUGGGAAAAAUUGCAUACUGGUCACUGGAAGGAUGUGAAUGUCUGCUGGCGUAUUCUGUAUGCUGCAAUCAAGGUAUUAUUUGUCUUGUAUAGCCUGCGCAAAAGCAUUGAUGAAAGUCAGUCUGAAUAUUAUUAUUGUUAUACCCAAUUCACAGAGAUGAUUUGUGAAUUAGACUACAGCUUAAUUAUGGGUUAUCCUGUUUUUGAUAGUUUUGCUUCAAAAUUAGCCUCUGAAUUACAUAAAUGCAUCAAAUUUGGAUCUAAAACUCCCAUUCAAAGUAAAGGGAAACAGUCGUAUAUCUCCUUUCAAUUAGAUGAUGAUGUGGAACCACUGACUCCGUCUGUCACACAUCUUUGCGAACUAGAUCGUGUCAAUUGUCCAAGCUUAGAAGAGUUCAGUAAUCUAAUGAAUACUGGACAACCAUUUAUCAUAACAAACGCGAUAAAUUUCUGGCCGGCUUAUCAUCAGUUGAAUACUGAACACAAUUGGACAUUAAACUACUGGAAGGAAAAUUUUGGUCAUCGACUAGUGCCUGUUGAGAUAGGCUCAAAAUAUACUGAAGAGAAUUGGGGACAGAAAUUAAUGACAAUCAAUAAUUUCAUUGAUAAAUACUUCGCAUUGAAUAAUGUAGAAGUAAAAGACAUGAUCAAAGGCUAUUUAGCACAUGUGUUCUGUGAAAACGACGAUAAUGUUAACGCUGAUAAUGCUGAAAUUCAUGUUGAUACUAAUAUUUGGUUUGGUCCAAAAGGUACAGUUUCCCCAUUGCAUCAUGACAGUGAUCGAGCUAAUCUGUUGACACAAGUUAAAGGCUUUAAAUAUGUCAUUUUAUAUCCAGCUUCACAGUCAGCCUAUUUAUAUGCACAUACGGAGAAUAUGCUUAGUAAUACAUCGAGAGUGGAUGUUGAGAAACCUGAUUUCAAUAAAUAUCCUGAAUUUGUAAAUGCACAUGGUUUUUAUGGCAUUCUUUCUCCUGGUGAAAUGUUGUACAUUCCACCACGUUGUUGGCAUCAUGUUCGUUCGUUAUCGGCUAGUUUUUCUGUGAAUUUUUGGUGGGAUGUCGUACCCUCAUUGAUACCACCAUGGCAGUGA